AUGUUCGAGUGUCACACUCGCUGCAAUGACGAAGAAAAAUGUGUUGGAUUCAACUACAGAACAACAAAAAACGUUGAAAAUUGCCAACUGACAAACGUUACCAAGAAAAGAGACAAUAAAACAAAGACAGGAGAUUGGAUAUUGAUGUAUGGUGUUGGAAAGGCCGAAAAUAAGGAGGAAAAAAGAAAAAAUGCCAAAAGAAACUUAGCUGUUUCCAAUAAUACCAAAAUUACUAAUAAAACUGUUACUGAAUAUCUCUGCGCUGAUCUGUAUAAAAAGGGAAAUAAACAAAGUGGAAUUUAUGAAAUUAAUCCUGAUGGAAAGGGAAGUUUCAAGGUGUUUUGUGAUAUGACAACAUCAGAUGGAGGAUGGACUGUAUUUCAACGUCGUCUUGAUGGAAGUGUUGACUUCUACCGAGGAUGGCAAGAUUACAAACAAGGUUUUGGUAACUUGAGCGGAGAAUAUUGGCUUGGUCUCGACAAAAUACACAGGAUAACAAACAUUUCACAAAAUGAACUUCGUAUCGACAUGGAAGAUACGCCAGGAAACACUGCAUACGCUCAUUAUGAUUCGUUUAAAGUCAGCAGUGAAAAUACAAUGUACAAGUUGAAUGUUGGAGGUUAUAGUGGUACAGCAGGAGACUCGUUAACAAAUCAAAACAGAAUGGCUUUCACCACCAAGGAUUUCGACAACGAUGUUUCAGAUAAUGGUAACUGUGCGGUGGAUUACAAAGGAGCCUGGUGGUAUCGUGGUUGCCAUCAUUCCAACUUGAAUGGUUUGUAUCAUUAUGGCAACCACACAUCGUACGCUGAUGGAAUCAACUGGUUCCAUUGGAAAGGACAUCAUUAUUCUCUGAAAUCAACUGCGAUGAAAAUAAGGCUACUUUGA